CUUCUUGCAUGGCGAGAUCAUCGGAGAUAUGAACACCUUCACCGUCACUGAUUUCCGCACUGGGAAGAUGACGCAUCAUGCACCGAAGAACGAAGGCGGUAGCCACGGCGGCGGAGAUCUCGGUCUUGUCCGAACUUUCGUCGAGGCUGUUCGUACCGGCAGACAGGAUUUGCUUGGUACUGAUGUGCAUGAGGUAUUGAAGAGCCAUCUGACUGUCUUCGCCACAGAGGAGAGCCGCAAGAAGGGCACGGUUGUCAAGUGCGAGGAAUUUGAGCGCAUGGCGAAAGCGGCUAUUCUAGCGUAGACCGAC